AUGCUGACCGGGAAGAAGGCGGCCGCGGCGGCGGCGGCGGCGGCAGCGGCGAACGGCGCCGAGGCGGCGGCGGCCGUGGCGGCGGCGGCGGUGACCGCGGCGCCCCCGGCCGCCGGCCUGGCGGGCUCGGCUGAGGCGGGGCCCGGGCCCGGGGCCGGAGCUGGGAGUGGGUCAGGGCCCGGCACGGAGCGCACGCCCCGCAAGAAGGAGCCGCUGCGGGCCUCGCCUCCCGGGGGCCUGGCGGAGCCGACGGGCCCCGCCGGAGCGCCGCAGCCUGGCCCCGCCGGAGCGCCGGGACCUGCCGGGGCGCCCAUGGAGACGGGCAUCGCCGAGACCCCCGAGGGCCGCCGGACCAGCCGACGCAAGCGGGCCAAGGAACCCCCCCCCAUCUCCCCACGAAGACUCUACUCUGGCGUGGAGAACCUUGGAGACCUUUCCUUCCCCCCCAUGGAGAUCCCCUCAGGAACACCCCCCAUCUCCCCACGGAGACCCUACCCCGGCCUAGAGAUCCAGGGAGACUUCUCCUCCCCCAAGGGAGACCUCCCCCCAUCAACCCUACCCGUGGAGAACCGGGGAGACUUCCCCCCCACCCCCAUGGAGGCUCCCCUCAGGAAGGGCCCCUCUUCACAGAGACCCUACCUGGGCGUGGGGAUCCUAGGAGACCUUCUCCUCCCCCCAUGGAGACCCAGGAAGGCUCCCUCAGGAAGCCCCCCCAUAACUUUCCCCACAGAGACCCUACCCCACCAUGGAGACCCACCCCCCCCCACACCAAGAUAA